GGAUACCUGGGCGCGAUUGGCAAUGUGAAGAGCUGACUGACGAGGGUGAAUCAUUUUCACCUAAUGAAAACAAUUGAAGAGCAUGGGAACUGUCUCGAAAGGACAGCCUUGCGCGAAUUCAUCGUCCAUGUCGAUGCUAAGCCCAGCCAUUGCGCAGGCGACUGGGCCGGUGCUGUGCUUGGACCAUCAUUCAGCUCAGAUAUCUCGCAUCAAGCAUGUGUUUGAUUCAGCAAAUUAUGUUUUGUUCUCUUUCGGAACAAAUACUCACUGAGUUGUCGCCCUUGGAGGCUACCAGCACCUAGGCAUAGGCAUCAAGAAAGAGUCAGACUUCCCUCUUGGGCAACAUUGCCGCGAUAAAGCCAGCCAAUUUAGGUUGCACACCGCCGAAGGAAGUCCUCUGGGCCAGAGAUGCUAGGCGCAAAGGCACAAGGCAAAGGCACACCUCGAGAACCUCUGAGGGUGCUAGGUAUCAUGAGAGGCUCGAGCAUCAGAUGCAUACCUCCUUAGAGCAUUUAAGUAUCUUAACCAAACGGAUAUCAGAGCUGGAAACGGGGGCCACGACAGUGUCAUCAUUGCGGAGUAAUUAACAGGAUCCUGGAGAUUUAGAUAUUCGGACAAUCCUAAAGGGAUUACCUACUCCACAACACAAUGAUCUACAACAGUUCCAG